AGGACAACGGGCGUCGCCAGCGCCGGGUGACUCGGGGUUGUGGGCGCGUUCGCGGCUCUUCGGCCAUGGUUUUCUCAAACAAUGAUGAAGGCCUUAUUAACAAAAAGUUACCCAAAGAACUUCUGUUAAGAAUAUUUUCCUUCUUGGACAUAGUAACUUUGUGCCGAUGUGCACAGAUUUCCAAGGCUUGGAACAUCUUAGCCCUGGAUGGAAGCAACUGGCAAAGAAUAGAUCUUUUUAACUUUCAGACAGAUGUAGAGGGUCGUGUGGUAGAAAAUAUCUCAAAGCGAUGCGGUGGAUUCCUGAGGAAGCUCAGCUUGCGAGGCUGCAUUGGUGUGGGGGAUUCCUCCUUGAAAACCUUUGCACAAAACUGCCGAAACAUUGAACAUUUAAACCUCAAUGGAUGUACAAAAAUCACUGACAGCACGUGUUAUAGCCUUAGCAGAUUCUGUUCCAAGCUGAAACAUCUGGAUCUGACCUCCUGUGUGUCCAUUACAAACAGCUCCUUAAAGGGGAUCAGUGAGGGCUGCCGAAACCUGGAGUACCUGAAUCUCUCUUGGUGUGAUCAGAUCACGAAGGAUGGGAUCGAGGCACUGGUGCGAGGUUGUCGAGGCCUGAAAGCGCUGCUCCUCAGGGGCUGCACUCAGUUAGAAGACGAAGCUCUGAAACACAUUCAGAAUUACUGCCAUGAGCUUGUGAGCCUCAACUUACAGUCCUGCUCACACAUUACUGAUGAAGGUGUGGUGCAGAUCUGCAGGGGAUGCCACCGGUUGCAGGCUCUCUGUGUUUCUGGUUGCAGCAACCUCACUGACGCCGCUCUGACAGCCCUGGGUCUGAACUGCCCGAGACUUCAGAUUUUGGAGGCUGCCCGCUGCUCCCAUUUGACUGAUGCAGGCUUUACACUUCUAGCUCGGAAUUGCCAUGAACUGGAGAAGAUGGAUCUUGAAGAAUGCAUCCUGAUAACGGAUAGCACGCUAAUCCAGCUCUCCAUUCACUGUCCGAAACUGCAAGCCCUGAGCCUGUCUCACUGUGAGCUCAUCACUGAUGACGGCAUCCUGCACCUGAGCAACAGCACGUGUGGUCACGAGAGGCUGCGCGUGCUGGAACUGGACAACUGCCUUCUCAUCACCGACGCAGCCCUCGAGCAUCUGGAGCACUGCCGUGGCCUGGAGCGCCUGGAGCUCUACGACUGCCAGCAGGUCACUCGGGCCGGCAUCAAGAGGAUGCGGGCUCAGCUCCCUCAUGUCAAAGUACAUGCCUACUUCGCUCCUGUCACCCCACCAACGGCAGUGGGGGGAAGUGGACAGCGACUGUGCAGAUGCUGUGUUGUUCUCUGACAGCCCCUGCCCCCUUCCUCCAGAGAAGACCUGAGUCUUCCUGACGUUCUCCGCCACUCCCCAACUCUGUUGAUCCUCCAUUGGGAAAGGCUUGUUACAUGUGAAAGACUUCCGUAUGGAUUGCAGUUCCUCUGGUGAUACUUUCUCACCUUUAUCCUGCUGUGACAGUCCACUUAAAGCCUUGUGUCAGUGAACACAUGGCAGGAACACUUUCCGUGCAGCCAGGACCAUGGGAGAAGCCUUGGAGCGCCUGACUCCUAAGAGGUGGGUGCCUGUCUAGGUACAGUCAGACCCUUGGCUCCAUCAGCAUUCCUCAAAACAGACCAUCAGUGUUAGCACAAAUUGAGCAGAAAAAAUAAG